CUAACAAAGAUUGCCGACUGUGUGUUCCCUUAUCUUCAUAAUUUAUAGGCCCUAUAAAUCCAGUAUGAGUUCACCGCCGCCUGCAAAAGUUCAGAAAAUGGCGUCUGCGUUAGAACAGCUGAAGGGUUUUACGACUGUUGUUGCCGAUACAGGUGAUUUUGAGGCAAUCGCCAAGUACAAGCCUACUGAUGCCACCACCAAUCCUUCCCUGAUUCUGGCGGCAGCCAAGAUGCCCCAAUAUAAACAGUAUGUCAAAGAUGCAGUCGCCUAUGCCAAAGAAAAUGCCAGCUCUUAUUCAGAACAACUGAAUCUUGCUAUGGAUAGGGUUUUCGUUUUGUUUGGUGUGGAGAUACUGAAAGUUGUGCCAGGGCGAGUUUCCACUGAAGUUGAUGCUAGGUUAUCAUUCGACAAAGAGGCUUCAAUUGACAAGGCCAAAUCAUUGAUAAAGAUGUAUGAAGAUAUGGGCAUAUCAAAAGAGAGGGUUCUUAUCAAAUUGGCUUCCACUUGGGAGGGGAUUCAAGCUGCCCGGACCCUGGAGGCAGACUUUGGUAUCCACUGCAACUUGACCUUAUUGUUCGCUUUCUGUCAAGCUGUAUCAUGCGCACAAGCUAAGGUCACACUGAUUUCACCAUUUGUUGGUCGUAUCUUUGAUUGGUAUGUGCAGAAUUCUGACCAGAAAACUUUUGAACCUUUAGAGGAUCCAGGUGUCAAAAGCGUGACCCAGAUAUACAACUACUACAAGAAGUUUGGUUACAAAACUGUAGUGAUGGGUGCUUCUUUCCGUAACACAGGGCAGAUCACUGCUUUAACUGGAUGCGAUUAUCUGACAAUCAGUCCUGGUCUUUUGGAGAAGUUGACCUCAUCUGAAGAGAAACUUACUCAAUACUUGGAUGAGAAAAAGGCCCAAGCACAGAAUUUGACUAAAUUAGAUGAGAUGGAGGAGAAAACAUUCCGCUGGAUGUUGAACGAGGAUCAGAUGUCAACGGACAAACUCUCUGAGGGAAUCAGGAAAUUUGCUGCAGACGCCAUAAAACUCGAAAACCUUCUUGCAGAGGAACUUAAGGCAUAGACAAUUUUGUUCAAUUUGUUAUUUAAGUCGCACCAGUAUCGAUCGUGUAUGGACUUCCCUUGAAAUGGAUGAACAAAUUGUAUAUGCUGUACAAAAUCUUUCCUAUCCGCUGAUGACUUGUCUGAGUUUUCAGUGUAAGGCAGGGCAGUUCUCUGUCAUGUCUUCUUUGACUGAGAAAACGGCCAAAAUUUGGUCCAGUGAGUAAAAUUUAUAAUCAAUCUCAAACUGUAACUCAUUCUUUCACAAGAGAUCCAAUUUUGUUGUUUGAUACCUUGUUUGUAGAUAUGUGGAAGGAGCCACUUCCACAUUCAUUGAUUUGUUCAAGCAGUUGAACCUGGAUUAAAAGUAAAAAGUCAUUCCAAUAAUUAAUGUAUUGCUUAUCAGGGUAGAUAUUGUCUACUUGGUGGAGGGCGUGUCAUAAGAAUCAAAUUCAACUUGUAUGGUACCUUUCUAAAGUUUCGAAAUCCUGAAUUUGACAGGUUUGACUGUGCUUAUGUUUGACGUCAACUCUCUAAUUCCAAAAAGUGCUGUUUUGCAAAUUGUUGCCAUAGUUAUGUUUUAUAUACUCAAAGAGAGGAGACGGUAUCAGAGGAACUGCAUGUGUUCUGAAGGUUUUCAUGGCCAUAUGUGUAGGACUCUAAUAUGAGAAACAACAUUAACAAUAAAUUAGCUGUAUACUUGAAUA